CGCUGUUUCUUUCAGAGGCCCAAAAGCCUGGAGCAUUCUGGCAUGGGGCUGCAGCCGGGAACUUUCGUCCUGGGGCUGGUGCUGCUUCUGGGGCAAGAGACUAGUCAGAUCCAUACCGUGCUUGGAAAAAAUACACUGGAAGAGCAGCUAUGGCCAGAGUUGAAGACGCUGAAGAAUUUUCCAUUCCCAUGCAACCCAAAGAAGCUAGGAUUGAAUAUGCCGUCUAAGUCAGUUCACUCUCUGAAGCCUUCUGAUAUUAAAUUUGUGGCAGCCAUUGGCAACCUGGAACCUCCUCCAGACCCAGAGUUGAUUGACCUGGAGGAGCAAAAAUGGACUGAGAAAAGGCCACAGCAGACGUGCAUGGAAGUGAUGACAGUCCUUUCAGACAUUGUCCAGCAUUUCAAUCCUUCUGUCCUGACACCCGUGUGUCCUCCCAGGGAGAGGGCCAUAGCCCACCAUGGUGCUGAAGACUUGUGGAUUCAGGCUCAAGAACUGGUGAGAAGCAUGAAGGAGAACCCACAACUUGACUUUCAACUUGACUGGAAGCUCAUCAACGUGUUUUUCAGCAAUGCAAGCCAAUGUUACCUGUGUCCCUCUGCUCAACAGAAAAGGCACGUGGCCAACGUCAUAGGCGAGCUGACUGGGGUGCUGGACUACCUGCAGCAGGAGGUCCCCAAAACCUUUGUAAACCUGGUGGAUCUCUCUGAGGUGGCAAAGACCUCUCGCUGGCUGCAGGGUACUCAGCUCAGCCCCAUACCAGAGUCCUGCAGUUGCCCAGAGGAGACCUCCAAGCUGACUAAGGCCAUAAAGCAGUGGUCCUACCAGGAAGCCUGGGAAAGCCUCCUGGCCUCCAGCAAGUUCAGCCAGCAGGAGUUCUUCACCGUGGUUUUCCAGCCUUUCUUCUACGAAAUCACCCUGUCUCCGUCCUUGGAGGAGCCCCUGACCCAGGAUCCCACCACACUUGCUUGGAGCCUCUGGAACAGGAUGAUGGAGCCAGCAGGACAGAAAGCUGAGCUAGUCAGUGCAAAAGACAAGAGGCCAGUGAAGUGUCCCUCUCAGGAGAACCCCUAUCUGUACACCUACCGGAAUAGCAACUACCUGACCAGGUGGCCAAAACCCCAAGGGAAGCCUGAGGUAAGAGAAGGAAUGGAAAUCAGAUGUCCUAACAUGGACCCCUCCGAUGCGAUUCCCACCUCAGUUCACAGGCUGAAGCCUGCUGACAUCCGUGUAAUUGGAGCCUUGGGUGACUCUCUCACGGCAGGCAAUGGGGCCGGGUCUACGCCUGGGAACAUCUUGGAUGUAUUGACUCAGUACCGAGGCCUGUCCUGGAGUGUUGGCGGCGACCAGAACAUCAGCACAGUCACCACCCUGGCAAACAUCCUGCGGGAAUUUAACCCUUCCCUGACGGGCUUCUCCAUUGGCACCGGGAAAGAAAACAGUCGUGGAGCCUUCUUAAACCAGGCCGUGGCAGGAAACCGAGCUGAGCACUUAGCUGCCCAGGCCAGGAGGCUGGUGGACCUGAUGAAGAACGACACGAGGAUACAUUUUCAGGAGGACUGGAAGAUAAUAACGCUGUUUAUAGGAGGCAAUGACCUCUGUGAUUUCUGCAAUGACCCGGUCCACUAUUCACCCCAGAACUUCACAGACAACAUCAGGAAGGCGCUGGACAUCCUCCACGCUGAGGUUCCUCGGGCGUUUGUGAACCUGGUGAAAGUGCUCCAGAUCAUCUCCCUGAGGGAGCUGUAUCAGGAGACUCAAGUCAGCUGCCCAAGGCUGAUCCUCAGGUCUCUGUGUCCCUGUGUCCUGAAAUUUGAUGAUAACUCAACAGAACUUGCCUCUCUCAUCGAAGUGAAUAGGAAAUACCAGGAGGAAACUCACCAGCUGGUGGAGAGUGGACGAUACGACACAAGGGAAGAUUUUACAGUGGUGGUGCAGCCAUUCUUAGAAAAAGUGGACAUGCCAAAGACCGCGGAGGGAUUGCCUGACAGCUCUUUCUUCGCUCCUGACUGUUUCCAUUUCAGCGUCAAGGCUCAUGCCCGUGCAGCCUCCGGCCUCUGGAACAAUAUGCUGGAACCUGUGGGCCAGAAGACAACAUAUCAUAAUUUUGAAAACAAGAUCAGUAUCAUGUGUCCGAACCAGGUCUGGCCAUUUCUGAGCACCUACAAGAACAGCAUGCAGGGUCAUGGGACUUUGCUGUCGUGCAGGGACAGAGCCCCUUCUGCCUCAACCCCCACUUCAGUGCAUACCCUGAGACCGGCAGAUAUCCAAGUUGUGGCUGCUCUGGGGGAUUCCCUGACCGCUGGCAAUGGAAUUGGCUCCAAACCAGGCGACCUCCUCGAUGUCACCACCCAGUAUCGGGGACUGUCAUUUAGUGCAGGAGGGGACGGCUCCCUGGAGAAUGUGACCACCUUACCUAAUAUCCUUCGAGAGUUUAACAGAAACCUCACAGGCUACGCGGUGGGCACAGGUGGCGCCAAUGACACAAAUGCGUUCCUCAAUCAAGCUGCUCCUGGGGCGAAGGCUGAGGAUCUUAUAAGCCAAGUCCAGACUUUGGUACAAAAGAUGAAAGAUGACCAUAGAGUAAAUUUUCAUGAAGACUGGAAGGUCAUCACUGUGCUGAUUGGAGCCAAUGAUUUAUGUGACUUCUGCACAGAUUCGAAUCUGUAUUCUGCAGCCAACUUUGUUGGCCAUCUCCGCAAUGCCUUGGACAUCCUACACAGAGAGGUGCCCAGAGCCCUGGUCAACCUCGUGGACUUCAUGGACCCCAGUGUCAUCCGUCAGGUGUUCCUGGGAAACCCAGACAAGUGUCCAGUACAGCAGGCCAGCAUGUUGUGUAACUGUGUUCUGACCCCACGGGAGAACUCCCAGGAGCUGGCCAGGCUGGAGGCCUUCACCCAAGCCUACAAGAGCAGUUUGCGUGAGCUGGUGGAGUCAGGUCGCUACGACACAAGGGAGGACUUUGCCGUGGUGCUACAGCCCUUCUUCCAAAACGUUCUGCUCCCUGUCCUGGCGGAUGGGCGCCUGGAUAUAUCCUUCUUUGCCCCAGAUUGCAUCCACCCAAGUCAGAAAUUCCACUCCCAGCUCUCCAGGGCCCUUUGGGUCAAUAUGCUGGAACCACUCGGAAGCAAAGCGGAUGCCCUGGAGCUGGCAGCAGAGAUCCCCCUCACCUGCCCCACACAGAUUGAGCCCUUCCUGAGAACCCCCCGGAACAGUAACUACACAUACCCUGCCAAGCCAGCCAUUGAGAACUGGGGCACUGACUUUCUGUGUAUGGAGUGGAAUCCUUCCAACAAUAUUCCAACCUCUGUCCAUGAGCUCCGACCUGCAGACAUCAAAGUGGUGGCUGCCCUGGGUGACUCCCUGACUACAGCAAAAGGAGCGCGAGCAGACAACUCCAGUGGCACAGUCACGUCCUGGAGGGGCCUUUCUUGGAGCAUUGGAGGGGAUGAGGUCUUAGAGACACACACCACACUGCCCAACAUUCUGAAGAAGUUCAACCCUAACCUCCUUGGGUUCUCUACUGGCACCUGGGAGGAGACUACGGGACUGAACGUAGCAGUAGAAGGAGCCAGAGCUCGGGACAUGCCAGCCCAGGCCUGGGACCUGGUGGAACGAAUGAAAAACAGCUCUCAAAUCAACCUGGAAAAAGACUGGAAGCUGGUCACACUCUUCAUUGGCAGCAAUGACCUGUGUCAUUACUGCGAGAAUCUGGAGACCCAGUCAGGCCAGGAGUAUAUUCAGCACAUCCAGCAGGCGCUGAACAUCCUCUAUGAGGAGCUUCCAAGGACUUUCGUCAACGUGGUGGAGGUCAUGGAGCUGGCCAGCCUGUAUCAGGGCCACGGCGGCAAAUGUGCCAUGCCGGCAGUGCAGAGCAGCUGCUCUUGCCUCAGAUACGCUCAAAACUCCCUGGAGAUGCAAGAACUGAAGAGAGUAAACUGGGACUUCCAGAGAUCUGUCUCCAGGUUCUACUGGCACCAUCACACACAGCGUGAGGACUUUGCAGUUGUGGUGCAGCCUUUCUUCCAGAACACUCUUGUGCCACUGAACGAGAGAGGGGACCCUGACCUCACCUUCUUCUCCGAAGACUGUUUCCACUUCUCAGAUCGUGCCCAUGCUGAGAUGGCCAUCGCACUCUGGAACAACAUGCUGGAACCAGUGGGCCAUAAGACGACCUCCAACAACUUCACCCACAGCCGAGCCAAACUCAAGUGCCCCUCUCCUGAGAGCCCUUACCUCUACACUCUGCAGAACAGUCAGCUACUCCCAGACCAGGCCGAAAAAGGCCCCAAGACUUCCUACUGGGCUGUGCCAGUGGCAGCAGGAGCUGGCCUUGUGUUGGGUGUGGUCGGGACAAUGGUCUGGAAGGGCAUACGAGGUUGUCGGAGGGAAGCUCCUCAGUGAGGCUGCAGGCGUCCAGACCUGGUGUGUGGUCCCCAGCUGCUCCUGGGCACCAUGACAGAUGUGCUUCAACACCUGGUAAUAUAGGAAGCCAAAGGGACAGUCACAACUUCUCAGUUCCCAGGCUACUUCCAGGCCUGUGCUUAAAUCUAAAUAAAAUCCAGGGCGGCACCUGUGGCUCAAGGAGUAGGGUGCUGGCCCCAUACACCUGGGGUGGUAGGUUCAAACCCGGCCCCGGUCAAAAUUACA